CUGGAAUCACAUAUGAAGAAAAGCUAGCGUGCUAGCUAGCUUAGCUAAAGUGCUUCAGUGCGAUUUUUUUUUAGCUUUUUGAGGCAUUCGUCGAGGCUACAAGAACAGCGACGCCUGAGCGGACAGUCAACAUGGCUCCAAAAAAGAGAGGCGCAAGGAAGAGGAAAACAGAGGAUGAUUUGGGAGGUGAAAAGGAGGCAGAGGCUAAUGAAGAGAAGGAGACUGAGGAGAGAGGAGGCCUGCGCAGAAAGGACCGUGGGAAUAAGAAAUACAUUGGAGCUCAUGUUGGCAUUCAAGGUGGGAUAUGGAAAGCAGUGGAGUCCUGCACAGAGAUGGGUGGCAGCAGCUUUGCCCUGUUUCUGGGCUCCCAGCGCUCAUGGAAGAGGCCCGCACUGGACCAGAAAGCUGCAGCAAAGUUUCAGGAGCAGUGUUCCAUACAGGGGUACAACCCUGCUCACAUCCUGCCUCAUGGGUCCUACCUGAUGAACUGUGGAUCUCCUAAAGAAGAUGUGUUUGAGAAGAGCCAGGCCCUGCUGGUGGAUGAGCUCAGCCGCUGUAGCCUCCUGGGCCUCAACCUUUACAACUUCCACCCUGGCUCCUCCCUGGGCUCCAUCACCACAGAAGAGUGUGUGGAGAAGAUAGCAGGAGCUAUUAACCACGCUCACCAGCAAACACCUGCUGUGGUCACAGUGUUGGAGAACAUGAGCGGACAGGGCAGUACAAUAGGCGGUAAGUUCUCUGAGCUGAAGAGCAUCAUAGACAAAGUGAGAGACCAGACCAGAGUUGGAGUGUGUCUGGACACCUGCCACGCCUUCGCAGCAGGAUAUGACGUGGCUGCAGAGGGAGGAGUGAAGGCCAUGCUUGAUCAGUUUGAUCAGGAAGUGGGGCUCCACUAUCUUAAAGCUAUCCAUCUCAAUGACUCCAAAGGUAAACUAGGCUGCAACCUCGAUCGCCACGAAGACAUCGGUAAAGGUCACAUCGGAAUCUCUGCUUUCCAAGAUAUUGUCAAUGAGCCCAGACUGGACAACAUCCCUCUGAUACUGGAGACACCUGGACGGCCAGGAUUUGAGUAUGCUGAGCAGAUUGAACUUCUCUACUCCCUAUGUGAGAAAAAAUAGUAAGCACCAUUACUGUUGAAUUGGCUUUGCUAAACUGAGCCCUGCAAGGCCACAGCUCACACGUCUGUUAAGAGAAUUUUGUUUGUCAAGGACCAAGGUGGAUGGGUGGGGAAGCCCGUUCUCUUAAAACCCACUCACAAUUUGUCUGUUUGUUAAUUUUCAUGUGAACAGUUCCGAACACAAGUUAAAUAAAUGUGUUGUUGCAAGUUUUUA